GAAUGUGCACGUGUAGCAUGGUUGUUAUCAUUUCGUUUAUUCUGACAGGUGAUUUUUCGUUAUUUAUUUAUUUCCAUCUUUGUUAAGAAACGUACUCAACGAAUAACAAUUUAAAUAUAAAAUGUAACUAAUUUAUUACCGCGAAUAAUUGAGUAAUCGAAACUUUCUCGUAUUUCAGAAGUAUAUGAAAAGUAACUGUUAAGUAAAAGAGCUUAACAGUGUGGAACAGAAUUUGAUUAUAUUUUCGGAAUAUUUUCUAAAAAUGGAGGAGACUCAAGCAGAAAAAUUGACAGUCGAUUCUAAUUCAGCAAAAAUGUUAUCAAGUACAAUCGCUGAAACAUGCGAAGAAAUGAAAGAAACUGAAAAUGUAAUCAACCAUAAUAUAGUAAACAGUGAACAGUGCAAAGAAAAGACACGUGAGACAGGUGAAGUGAAAGAAAUUGAAAAUACAAUCAAUGAAAAUACAUUGAUAAGUAAUGAAGAUUGUGAAGAAAGCAAUCUUAUUGAAGUCAAAUGUGAAAUAGAUACUAAGGACAAAAAGAUUGAAAACAUAAUAGAUGAUGACAUUUUGAUAAAUAGUGAACAAUACAAAGAAAGCAAUGUUAGUGAAGAUACUUGUUGUGUUAAUAUAAAUGAAAGCAAUUUAGAAUCAGUGGAAAAUUUUGAAGAACCUGAAGUAUUUUUUACAAUGACAAAUGAGAAACAACAGCCUCAAACUGAAAAUGCAUCUGCAGUUACUGAAGACUUGCUUUCAGGUGAAAUCCAAGACAGUACAAGUUGUAGAGAAGUCUGGUCCUGUGAUAGUGAAGGAGAUAGUUCAUCAUCACAGUCAAGUUCGUUUGAAUCGACUUUGGAUAGCUCUGAUGACAACAGCAGCAGUAGUGUUGAAGAAAGUAAGAACAUUGUAACAAAAAGUGGACCAAAAAAGAAUUUUCAUCAAAUAAGAACAAAGGAUGAAUUAGGUCUUGAGGAUUUGCCUCCAGUUGAGGAACUUCAUAUAUCUGUUGAGGAAGAAGAAUUACAAGAAAUUGGUCAAAUACUUAGCAUAGUUGAAGAAUUAGUAAUCAUUCAGUCACAUAAAGACCAUUCAGCAUUAGAUUUAGAUUCCAUUUUGUUUUUAAAAGGAGAUAAACCAUUGGGUCAGAUAUUUGAUGUUUUUGGGCCUGUAAUUCAGCCUUCAUAUGCUGUAAGAUUUAAUUCAAAUCAAGAAAUAAUUGAAAAGGGUAUAGAAAAAGGAAUGCCAGUUUACUGUGCUCCUUCACAGGAAAAUAUUACAAAAUAUGUUUUUACAGAGGAAUUAAAAAAAUUGAAAGGUUCAGAUGCCUCAUGGGAAAAUAAUAAUGAACCUCCAGAACAAUUCAUUGAAUAUUCAGAUGAUGAGAAAGAACGAUUGGCUAAACAAAAAAAUAAGAAGAAACCUGCUAAAAAUGCACCAAUAAAUAAAUUUUUUCUAGAUAAACAAGCUGUCCCAGAACGUACACAUUGGCCUCCACGUUUUCCGUCUGGUUGUCCGUCAAGAUCACCAGUUCCUCCACCUUUACCACCAUUUGCAUUUAGACCGCCAAGUGGUGGACAUACAUUUGGUGCCCCAGCUCAAUUUUCUGUCAGACCUUUCUUAAAUUCACAAAACAACAUGCAUCCUUUUCCUUCACAACCACCAGUUUCUACUUCGUUUGGAUAUUUAAACAAUAUAAAUAAUCAAAACUUUUCAACUUCUGCUCCGCCACCACCACCACCUCCUCUACCACCACCACCACCACCACCACCUCCUCCACCUCCUUCCAUGUUUCCUAAUAAUGCAACUCAAUCUCCUCCUGUAUUUCCCAAUACAGCUGUUCCACCUCCGAUAUUUUCUAGUACAGCUCCACCACCACCUCUAAUACCUACUUCUAUUCCUCCACCUAUGUUUCCUGUAAAUCAGUCACCCAUAAAUUCUAACAAUAACAGUAUUCCACCUCGGUUUUUUGCUCCCUCAUUUUCAUGCGAUAAUAGAUUGCCACCCUUCUCUUCCAGUUCCAAUUCGUCUUUGAGGCCUCCCUUUCCUUCUCCAAUUACCAGAGUGCCAUCAGUUCCAUUUUUUCCAAGAGGCUCGCAUCCUCGGGCACCAUUUCCAUUUAAUCCUGUUUAAGUUAAAGAUGGAUUUACAUUGAAACAAAUUGCUGGCAGAUGCAAAAAACAAUGUGAAAACUGCACCAAAGAUGAAAUAAUUUCAGACAUUAUUCAAAUAUGACUUUCAAAUGAGGAAUUAAAACAGUUUUCAUAUUUUUUUUUUUGUAUUUUCCAAUGAUCUAAAUCUAAUGUAAAUUGAUCUUAAUGUAAUCAUAUUGACAACAUAACUAAACUUCAAUAUUUAUCAUAGAUAUUUUAUUUCAUUUUGAAAACUUCUUAUGGCAUUUUAAUUCCUAAUUAUUGUAAUAAUGUUAAUGAUAGAAAGAAGAAUAUUUUAAAUGCUAUUUAUCCAAUUUAAAUAAUGUACAUCUAAGAGAUGAUUCAAAGUUUCUAAAAGUAAACUGUAUAUAAUCCAUCAAUUCAUUAUUAAAUGGUGUCAUUUCAAGAAGAAAUGUAAAGUAAAUAGUUAUUAGUCAAAAUAAGGUUACAUGUAGAUAAUUUCUUCAGUUAUAUUAAUAAAUAAGAAUAACUAUUAAUUUUAUGAGCUUUCUAUUCUGUUUCAGAUAAAUUUAAUAUUUCAGAACUAACUUUCAAAAUCCUUCACUUUCCAGAAUAAUUCUUUGUAUUCUCAGCAUCUUUUAGUCUUAAUAUAUUACCAUCAACAGUUAAGUUUAAAGAGAAGAGUUUAGACUUCCUGCCCCUUUGAGGAAUCCAGGUUUGAGUUUGAUUUUGGAAUCUCUAAAAUUUUUUGUGAGUGGCCAGUCCCAAAUGUGUUGGGCCGCCUUCACUGUAGGCUUGCCAAACCUAUGAUGGUUAUGAUAAAAGGUCUUAUCAAAUUAUCAAUGGCCAUAGGACAGAAAGAUUCAAAAUGAAAAGAAUUCUCGAGAGAAUUAUUUUGUAAACUAACUUAACCUUAGAUUGGAUAACCAUAGAUGAGAGGCUUACCCAAAGGACCAAUGGACAUUUCCAGUAAGCCUUCAAAACAACUGCUUGUAUCUCUUGAAUGGGGUAUACUUGCAGGUCCCUCAUUGAUGUUGACUGCCUCUUACAUCUUUGUAAUAUAGCAAAAUUCAAAAUAAUGAGAGGGUAUGUUGCAUACAUUUUCAAAAUGUCAGAUGUGGGUAUAUGUGUAUCUGUUCUUGAUACACAUAUAUUGUUCUUGUACCUUAUUUGAUGGAAAAGCAAAUCAUCACUGGUCAAAAGUAACUUUUGGUAAAUGGUGAAGUUUGCUAAGAGUUUGUGGAUUACAACACUCUGUAACAAUCGAACAUAUGAACGCUUUGGCCUUAUUUGACAGAACUUCAUGUUCAGAAACUGAUAAGAAUUAAAAUAGAUUUGAUGUUUUUCACCAGCAGAUGAAAUUAUUAAGAUGGCUGAUUAUUAAAAAUAACACGUUAAUUAUUUGAUUUGUUUACAGAAUAAAUCUCGGAUCCAUUUUCAUGCCAGUAAAUUUGUGAUGAGUGAUAUUUCACUACUAAUGAUUUGAUUGCUGUUACUGGAAAGUCACAAGUAACACCAAUGCACCAAUAACAGUAUUUAUUAUGGUAAAGGAUUGACCAUAAAAAUAUCACCUCUAGUUAAAAAAAUUCAGUUACAUAGAGUAACUUAUCAUACAGAAACACCAGGUAAUUGAUUACAGAUAUUUUUAUUUAAAAAGGAAAUGCAAUUUGGGCAAUUCACAUCCUCAUCAUUCCCAUACAUAUCUGAUUAAUUGAAACAUUGAAUUACGUUAUGGAUUACAGCAUGUUUAUUUACAUUACACACACAAAAAAAAUCAAUACAAUAAAUUACCUGCAAUGGUAUAUUUAUAUUGGUGACAACUUCACUAUUAAAAGGGAGUAACAAUACUAAAACUAAAAAUAAUCUAAAUUGAUUUUAAAACUCUCAAAAACACGAUAAAAGGGUUAACUUAUAAAACAAGCAAAAGACUGCUGAUAAAAUUGUAUAAAGGUAAAAAUUUUUAAUGAAAUAUCAAAAAACACCAAAAUAUAAAAAGUUGUAAAAACUUCACUCUAUGUUCAUCAAGCUAAUAGUUACUGGGAACAGUGUAUUAUUUCAUUACCAUUAUUUACCAUUCGGUGAAGGGGAGAAUGGAAGUCCAUCUAAAAUAGACUCCCAUCAUUUUUGUAGUGAUAUUAAUGAAAACAAGGAAUUUGAACACAGUUGUAAUUAGUGAGAUCUGGCAA